AUGUGGAGAGCAAUGUCAACUUCAUGCCUCAUUUCCCGCAAUUUGACCUGGGAGAAAACAAUUGUCCAUCCAAACCAUUCAGAACGAACUUUCACGGAAAAACUGUUAGCACUCUUGAAACUCUGUGUUUCCACCAAGAUGUUGCAACAAAUCCACACCCAGAUGCUGAUUAAUACCAUCCACAAACCGAAUUUCCUGUUAUCUAAGCUCAUUGAUUUGAAGGACUUCAACUAUUCCUUCCUGUUCUUCUCUCGCAUACUCGAACCUAACGACUAUGCCUUCAACAUCAUGGUUCGCGGCCUAACAACUACAUGGAAAAAGUUCGAUCUCGCUUUGAAGUUGUAUUACCAAAUGAAGUUCUCAGGCUUGAAACCGAAUAAUUUUACAUACCCGUUUUUAUUCAUAGCUUGUGCGAACCUUUUGGCGUCAGAACAUGGACGGAUGGGUCAUGCGAUGAUUUUCAAGGAUGGGUUGAACGUAAUACUCAUGUUAAUAUUCAUUGAUCACCAUGUAUUCAAGAUGUGGAGAAUGGUUUGUGCAAGGAAAGUGUUCGAUGAAAUUCCGAAGAGAGAUUUGGUAUCUUGGAAUUCGAUGAUAUCUGGGUACUUCAAGAUGGGGUUUGCAGGGGAAGCAGUGGCGAUGUUUGAAAAGAUGAGGGAUGAAGGUUUUGAGCCAGACGACAUGACUGUAGCGAGCGUUCUUGGGGCGUGCGGUGACUUGGGGGAUUUGAAUUUAGGAAGAUGGCUUGAAGGAUUUGUUUUGAACGGUCAGGUGGAAGUUAACUCUUAUGUUGUAUCGCCCUUGAUUGACAUGUAUGCUAAAUGUGGUGAAUUGAUGUCAGCAAGGCGAGUGUUUGACACGAUGAAGGGUAAAAAUGUGGUCAUCUGGAAUGCUAUGAUUACUGGGUAA